AUGCAGAUUGCCGCGACAGUCAGCUGUCUCGGUCGAACUGGAGUCGAAAUGGAGGCUAUGACGGCAACCAUGGGUGCUGCGUUGACGGUCUACGACAUGCUCAAGGCCGUAGAUAAAGGCAUGGUGAUCAGCGGGGUACGCUUGCUAGAAAAGCAAGGCGGCAAGAGUGGACACUGGGUGCGACAAGAAGAGUCCCAGAAUAACUGCGGGCUCAAAUGA